AUGUCCAACAGGGAAUCAAGGGAGGUUCUCGAAGUGAAAGUAGAGGACAGAGCGCGAUGGGGUGGAGAAGAGGAGAUCAAGGCAACACAGAUCGGAAGGACGGCAGCCCUAGAGCCGCCAAGCCCUCAACAGUGUAUCAGAUCAAUUUGGAAAGCAGAAUCGCAAAUGAAGAUCAAGGAAAUCGUAGAGUCCAAUGGUCUCGAGUGA